GCCUUGGCGCCCAGGGAGAUGGCGGUGUCCGGGAAAUGCGGUUUCUUGGAGGCGGCGGCGGCGGCGGCGGUGGUGGUGGUGGGGAGAGGCGCAGUUCUGCUCGCGGAUGCGGCGAGGGUGGUGGAAUUCGGCGAGGUGGGCUCGCCGCCUGCGCCGUCGCCGGUGGCGGACGCUCCCUAUCUCCCCGAUGUGGCGUCUCCUCCUACGGUGCGAACUGAGGGAAGCAACCAUUACCAGAAGCAGAUCCUUGUUGCAGUCAUCUUGGCACUUACUGCAGUCAUUGUAACGGUGGUAUCAGCAAUUUUCGCAUGGACCUUAUGUAGAAAAGAUCGUGAAGCUCUGGACUCCAAGGACAAGAAACUCUCAAGUACUACCAAGGGGCACAUGCUGUUACCCAUGUUGGGGAAACUGAAUUCAAUGAAAACGUCCAAGAAAGAAGUGGUUGCAAUGAUGGACUUUUCAGUCUUAGAGUCUGCUACUGGCAAGUUCAGUGAGAAGAAUAUAUUGGGGAAAGGAGGUUUUGGUUGUGUAUACAGAGCAUAUCUUGAUAGAGGGGUUGUUGCAGCUGUUAAGAAACUUAAUUGUUGUAGACAAGAAGUGGAGAAAGAAUUUGAGAAUGAGCUGGACUUUCUUGGAAAAAUUCGGCAUCCCAAUGUGAUCUCUGUUCUAGGAUAUUGCAUCCAUGAAGACACAAGACUGCUUGUUUAUGAGCUGAUGCAAAAUGGUUCUCUAGAAACACAAUUACAUGGAUCAUCUAAUGGAUCAUCUUUAAGUUGGUACAUUCGGUUGAAAAUUGCUCUUGAUGCAGCAAGAGGAUUGGAACACCUUCAUGAGCACUGCAGUCCAUUGAUUAUUCAUAGAGAUAUAAAAUCGUCCAAUAUACUUCUUGACUCAGACUUCAAUGCAAAGAUAUCAGAUUUUGGCCUUGCAAUUUAUGGUGGGAACCUCAACAAAGAUAACAUACAACCUUCUGGGACAGUUGGUUAUGUUGCACCAGAGUAUCUUCUAGAUGGUCAAUUAACUGAGAAGAGCGAUGUGUAUGCUUUUGGAGUGGUUCUCCUUGAACUGUUACUCGGAAGGAAACCAGUAGAGAAGAUUGGAGAAUCUCAUUGUCAAUCUAUCGUGUCAUGGGCCAUACCUCAGAUAACUGAUAGAACAAAGUUGCCAAAUAUAAUCGAUCCAGUCAUCAGAAACACCAUGGAUUUGAGGCAUCUAUAUCAGGUUGCUGCAGUAGCUGUGCUUUGUGUCCAGCCAGAGCCCAGUUACAGACCACUAAUCACAGAUGUUCUACACUCUCUUGUUCCUCUUGUUCCCGUGGAGCUUGGGGGAACACUGAGGGUAGUAGAGCCACCCCGUCAAACGGGAUAACGAAAUGGAGCAUUUUCUGAACAAGUAUGAUAUAUAUAUCAGAUGGCCUGAUGAAAAUCUUUUGUGCUACCCUUUUCCAAGGACUGAAGUUUUCCCAUCAAACAAGCUGGGUGCUUGGGUAGGAUAAUGACGAUGCCUGAACUAUUUUGGAGGGAAACUUUUAUCUGAUUGCCAUUUUUGAAGACCAAAUGCUUGCCUACCAAAAGAUGAAGUUACCAUUGCCAUUUCUAGACCCUUCUAGGAGGGUACAUCAAUCUAACAUUGAUUCCAUACGUAGUUUUGUUUUGUUGGUGCUGUUUAACUCUUGUCAGAUUGUGGGGGGCUAGUUCGGUGAAUUCAUGUAAAUUUCAUCGCUGGUAGAUUUGAUGUAAAUUCGAGUGGGAAGGCAUUCAUGAUCAUUUGUUACAGGAAAUCACUUCAUAACUAAAAUUCAUUCGAGAAUACUGUAGCGUUGUUGUGAGCAGUGCAAGUUUAAAUCUGAUUUAUAAUAUGAGACCAUCUAUACUGUUUCU